UGGGGAUUGUACUUGGAAAUUAGAGAGGAGCACUUUACCGUUUCAUCCUGCAGACCUGAAAGCAAACUCUCACCAGCUGCUUGAUUUUGCCUUUUACAAGUGCGGAUCCGUUUGCAGAAAGCACGCUCAUCCAGGGAGUCUGCCAGAAGCUCGUGCGUAAAGACACUUGUUGUCCAAAUUGGUUUUACGCAUCGGAGCAAAAGAGAAUCAACCCCCGUUUUGUGUGCUUAUUUAAGAAAGACUUCAUACAAACACAUCCUGGCAAGAUAAAGUCGUCUUCAGGGGCUCUUCCUCUCGCGAGAGCGCAGAAUCAGCUCCUUCGUUUCACGCGUAAUUUGGCACCAAACAGUUUUUCGUAUGAAUCUCCUCGACCCUUACCUGAAGAUGACGGAGGAACAAGACAAGUGUCUCUCUGAUGCCCCGAGCCCGAGCAUAUCCGAAGACUCCGCGGGCUCCCCUUGCCCAUCUGGGUCGGGCUCCGACACGGAGAACACCCGGCCGUCCGAGAACGGGCUGCUCAGAACGGACGGAACCCUAAGCGACUUCAAGAAGGACGAGGACGAUAAGUUUCCCGCAUGUAUCCGCGAAGCUGUGUCCCAGGUGCUCAAGGGCUACGACUGGACCCUCGUGCCUAUGCCGGUGCGCGUUAACGGAUCUACUAAGAACAAGCCUCACGUGAAGAGACCCAUGAAUGCCUUCAUGGUGUGGGCUCAGGCUGCUCGGAGGAAACUGGCAGAUCAGUACCCACACCUGCAUAACGCGGAGCUCAGCAAAACUCUGGGGAAACUGUGGAGGCUUCUCAAUGAAGGCGAGAAACGGCCGUUUGUGGAAGAAGCUGAGCGGCUCCGGGUGCAGCACAAGAAGGAUCAUCCGGACUACAAAUAUCAGCCCCGGCGGAGGAAGUCGGUGAAGAACGGACAGAGCGAGCCUGAGGACGGCAGCGAGCAGACGCACAAUGCCAUCUUCAAAGCGCUCCAACAGGCGGACUCUCCGGCCUCCAGCAUGGGAGAGGUGCAUUCUCCGAGUGAGCACUCAGGCUCCCAGGGGCCCCCUACCCCUCCCACCACGCCAAAGACUGAUGUCACCUCAGGCAAGAUGGACCUAAAGCGUGAAGGGGGGCUCCGCUCUCUGCCCGAUGGGUCUGGUGGGCGCCAGCUCAACAUCGACUUCCAUGAUGUGGACAUUGGUGAGUUCAGCAGCGAUGUCAUCUCCCACAUUGAAACCUUUGAUGUCAAUGAGUUCGACCAGUACCUCCCACCCAACGGGCACCCAGGCACCACGCCAGUCAGCUACACGGGCAGCUACAGCAUCAGCAGCAGUGCACCCGUCAGUCCACAGCCAGGAGGUGCCACAGCCUGGAUGGCUAAGACUCAGAACCCACAGGGACAGCAGCAACAGCAGCAGACUCUGACCACUCUGGGGAGCAGUGGUGGCUCAGAGGCAGCUUCUGCCCAGCACAGGACCCAGAUCAAGACAGAGCAACUGAGCCCAAGUCACUACAGCGAGCAGCAGGGCUCCCCGCAGCACGUCGCCUACAGCCCCUUCAACCUGCAGCACUACAGCUCCCCCUCCUCCUACCCAGCCAUCUCCAGGGCGCAGCAGUAUGACUACUCCGACCAUCAUGGGGGCAGCAGCACCACCGCCUCCUACUACAGCCAUGCGGGGGCGGGGCAGAGUUCGGGGCUAUACUCGACUUUCAGCUACAUGAGCAGCCCCAGCCAGAGGCCCAUGUACACACCCAUAGCCGACACCACGGGGGUGCCCUCCAUCCCCCAGAACAGCCCGCAGCACUGGGAGCAGGCUCCGGUUUACACCCAGCUCACCAGACCCUGAGUGACCCGGAAGACUGAGAGACAACACACACACAAACAAUGACAUGUACAGCCAUACAUAUGCAACACACACCACACUCCAAAACACUUUACUCCAGGGAGAGGCUGUCCCCUGAAUCAGACACUUGAAUUCAAAGAGGAGAGCUGGACUUGUGAUUGGCUCACGUCGUGCCUUGCUAUUGUACCAUGACAGAAACUCUAUAUAUUUUUAGAAAAAAAGACUUAAGAAAAUCCUCUGUGAGGACUUAUUGUUUGUUGAUAUUUGAGUAGGUAAUGUUUAUGUUUCUUUUUGUUUCUUUUAUUUCAUACGCUGGCAGUUUGUAAUCCAUGAGGGCAUGGGGGUGGGUUUGGGUUCGGGUAAUUAUUUGUGCCUGUAGAUACAAAAUAAAAAAGCUUUAUAUGUUAAUCAGUUCAGCAAAUAACCUCUCAUGGUAGUGCAGCGUCUGUUCCUCUGUUUGAUUUUCUGUGCCAUUCGGCCAAUAUGGUUUGUAUUUACACUGUCAUGCUGUUCAUUUUCUUACUCAAACUAUGUGUCACGAUCAUUGGAAGUUAUUAGGCAAUGCAGAGAGAGAGAGAGAGAGAGCGAGAGUGUGCGACGUGAUUUCACAAUGCUGUGCUGUCUUGACGAGGGACUGCAGCCCACUUCCACCAUCCGUGCCUUGGAUUUUACAUUUUGUGUGUGUAUGUGUGCGUGUGUGUGUGCGCAAUGGCCACAGCUGAGAUUACUUUUACCGUCCAACAGCAUGUGUUUGACAGCUACAGGAAGUCACCUUUGACCCCUUGGGUGUCUCCCCUGCAGUCUACCGCCAUGCUGAUGUCCAGUACUCUCCCUGGGUCAAACUCACUUUUGAAACGUUAUUUAUUUAUUAGCUUUAAUUUUAUUUUAAAUAAUUAUUUUGCAUACUAUUCUUAUAACUAAUGAAUUGUCCUCUUUGGAGUAUAGAUGGCAUAUAAUUUCCCUUUUUUUAAAUUUGAUUUUCAACCCUGGGGUACUUAGACAAACUGGUACAAGCUGUAAUCGUCUUUUUUGGUUUAUUUAUCUUAUCUAAAAGUCUAUUUUAACUGUGUAUUUGCCUUUUUAUGAGGGUCACAGGGGCUAUCUAAUGAAACACGUACACAUUCUUUAUUUCUGCAUUCUUCUGAUUUCAACGUUAACGUAUGGCUGACAGAACUGGAAAAUGCUAUCGCAGUUUCAAGGUUUUUACACGUUUUCUGUCCUGUGUAAUCACCCGAGGGGGCGUUUUUCUUUCCGCUUUGCAAGCGCCAUUUCCUUUUUCAUCGAUAUCAAUGAACUGAUGUCCCUAGUACUUUUUUUUUCCUUCUGCGAUCGUGCCAUGUAUUUGUACUGUCUUUAAAGAAUCUUUUGUAUAUGUAU